AUGCAUUCCACCUUCGUUCGACUGCAGAAUGUCUUUGGCUACUUCACCUCAGUCGCAUUCGCAGUCGCAGCCGCCAUCGCAGUGAGCGUACUGCUGAGUCCCCAAUCCCCCUCCGCCAGCCUGGAGCUGAAGAACGUGCGAGUCGCCAAAGGACGUCCCCACUACACCUCCAUGAAACGCGAAGAAUACGCCCACAUCACCUUCGACCUCUCCACCGACCUCACCACCCUCUUCAACUGGAACACGAAGCAAAUCUUCCUCUACAUCACCGCCUCCUACCCCGCCUCUCACAAAUCCACCUCCACCGACCCCAUCCCCGACUCCGAAGUCGUCAUCUGGGACGCCAUCAUCCCCGCCGACUCCGCCCCUUCCCAUCCCAACACCUACAUCCACCCUACCAUCAAGCCCGCCACCUCCAAGGACAAGAAGAAACAACCGAAACCCAAACGCUCCGACGGCAAACCCUACCCCGCGGGAACAUCCCCUGGUAUUGUGCGUCUGUCAGAUCAGAAACCGAAGUAUCAAAUCACGGAUGUGUCGGGCAAGAUUGCGGAGCGGACGAAUGCCACACUGACGCUGCAUUGGAAUGUGCAGCCGUGGGUGGGGUUGUUGACGUGGACGAAUCGGAACACGUAUGGACGGUGGGAGGGAUUGCAGGGGGGUGAGUCGGAGAGGUUUGAUUUUCCAAAGUUGCCGAGUCCGAGUGAGACGGUGAAGAAGGAGGAUUUGAGGACGGCGACGGGGGCGGAGAGGAAUAGAGGGAGUCCGGCGUAG